CUCCCCACAGGCGGCUCCCUGGGACUCCUGGGACCACAGCCCAGAUGCAGGGUGGCUGGAGGGAAGUGAAAGGCGAACUCAGUCUGGGCCUGGCUGGGUGAGACCCUCCGCCUCCCACUCUCCUGGACCCCUGACGGCCAUGGCCGUGGCCCAGCAGCUGCGGGCUGAGAGCGACUUCGAGCAGCUUCCCGACGACGUGGCCAUCUCAGCCAACAUCGCUGACAUCGAGGAGAAGAGGGGCUUCACCAGCCACUUUGUUUUCGUCAUCGAGGUGAAGACGAAAGGGGGAUCCAAGUACCUCAUCUACCGCCGCUACCGCCAGUUCCACGCCUUGCAGAGCAAGCUGGAGGAGCGGUACGGGCCCGAGAGCAAGACCAGCCCCCUCACCUGCAACCUGCCCGCCCUCCCAGCCAAAGUCUACAUGGGUGUGAAGCAGGAGAUCGCCGAGAUGCGGAUACCUGCCCUGAACGCUUACAUGAAGAGCCUCCUCAGCCUGCCCAUCUGGGUGCUGAUGGAUGAGGACGUCCGAAUCUUCUUCUAUCAGUCGCCCUACGACUCGGAGCAGGUGCCCCAGGCGCUCCGCCGGCUCCGCCCACGCACCCGGAAGGUCAAGAGCGAGUCCCCGCAAGGCGCUGGCUUAGACCGCUUGGCAGCUCCGAGAGCAGAGGCCCUGUUUGACUUCACGGGGAACAGCAAGCUGGAGCUGAAUUUCAAAGCUGGAGAUGUGGUCUUCCUUCUCAGUCGCAUCAACAAAGACUGGCUGGAGGGCACUGUCCGGGGAGCCACUGGCAUCUUCCCACGGUCUUUCGUGAAGAUCCUCAAGGACUUCCCUGAGGAAGACGACCCCACCAACUGGCUGCGCUGCUAUUACUAUGAGGACACCAUCAGCACCAUCAAGGACAUCGCAGUGGAGGAAGACAUCAGUAGCACCCCGCUCUUCAGGGACCUGCUGAAGCUCAUGAGGCAGGAGUUCCAGAGGGAGGACAUCAGCUUAAAUUACCGGGACGCUGACGGGGACCUGGUUCGGCUGCUCUCAGAUGAGGAUGUGCGGCUCAUGGUGAAGCAGGCCCAAGCGCUCCCCUCCCAGAAGCGCCUCUUCCCCUGGAAGCUGCACAUCACCCAGGAGGAUGACUACAAGGUCUACAACACAGUCCCCUGACCGAUGGUGUCCCCGGGCCGGGAGGGGACACCUGACGAAACGUCCCUUUAAGAAAAAUUAAACAGACCUUGCCACGUCUGCUCACACAAAUCCUGUGGUUUGGCUUCUAACGUGUUGCUUGGCCAGAUUCAUGGACAGCUCCAACCGCUGCAGAACAACUAGGCCCUAGAUAAGGCACACGCUUCAAAGAACUAUGAGCCUUGCAAGAAGUGGUGGGGUUCUCCAAUGACCCCCCAAUCUCCCCCCUGCCCACCAUAGUCAGAGCUGGGGCCAGAAUCCACUUGGCCCCAAUUUUGAGAUUGUCCUGAAAUGCACAGGCAAUGCUGCUGGUAGAAUACUGAGUCCUGGGGAUGUCCAUGAGGUGGGGAGGCUGGACCAGGGCCUCUUGUGGGAGGUCAAGGCCUUGGGGAUGAGGGAUAAGGUGAUCCUGAGAGAGUGGCAUUACUGAGUUCAAGCAAAAGCAGAAAGGAGUCCCUCCUGGAGUAAAGUAUCCUCAGUUUGGGAUGACGGGAGUCACUCAAAUUGAGAUGAAGCAAAAGACUCGUUGUCAAAGAUCAGCAAAUCUCUGAAUGAAUGAAAUAGGCAGUGAGGACAGAAGGGUCCUGGGUUAGAUUACGGUCAAGGGCACAUGUCUGGGUUGCAGACUCUAUCCCCAGUGGGGGACGUGCAGGAGGCAGCAUACCAAUGAUUCUCUCUCAUCAUUGAUGUUUCUAUCUCUCUCUCCCUCUGAAAUAUAUAUAUAUAUAUAUAAAGAAAAUAGGUAGUGACAACAAACAAUAGCUUUAGGGUCCCAGGGAUUAUGGAUUAUUGAACUACAUGACUAAAAUGUUUAAAAAAAUAAAGAAUAAAAUCAUAACAAUGAA